AUGAGAAAUACCACUAUGUUCAUCACCAAAAUCCAUAUUUUCUACGUUUCUUUUUUCAUGCUCUCAAUUUUCAUAGCAUGUACUACUGCCUCAACCACUCCAUGUAGUGGUUCUAGGUGCCUCAUGUUUGUUGAAUCUGAUAUAAGUAUUCAGGCAUCAAACCCUCCUGAUUGCAAACAUCGUUGUCUAAAAUAUACUCCAUGCGUAGCAGUUCUUGUUCAAGUGCCACCAAUUGAUUCGACAGACCCAGAGCCCUAUCCCGAGGCAUGGAAAUGUAAAUGUGGCGGUGUAUUAUACCCUCCAAAUAAUAUUUAG